AUCGAUUGCUUGACAUCGCUAAUUGUGGCACCAGAGUUUCCAGGUUGGCGAACAUUGUUUGUUUUGAUUGCAGUGCACCCGUAAUACCAUGCUGAAAACCGGCAGAGUCGGGCUGUGGAUUUCCAGAUCCUAUACUGCCAAGGCCAAGAGGAGUGUGUUGGCCCAGGACAAGUCGAAGAUCAAGGAGUAUACCCCAAAAACUACGGACAGCCAUGAGCACCGCGUUUAUGUGUGGGGAUUCCAGGAGACUGGAGCUCUGGGUCUGCAAACCAAUGUAAAGAAAGCCAAGGAACGCUACACGGAGAUGGUUCAUCAUCCCACCAGGCUGCAGUUCUCCAACAAUAACGACAUUACGGAUGUGGCUGCUGGCUACGGAUUUACAGCCUACGCUGUGAGAAGAGAAGAUGGAGAAACGCUAUUCGGCAGUGGUUUAAAUACGGACUCGCAACUCGGGUUCCAAGUGAAAGGAAAUCCCAAAGAUCCAGCCAACCUGGAUGUGAUCAUCUACCCCACGGCCAUAAAACUACCUAGAAUCCAGGGAGAAACCGAUGAGGACAUGCAGGUGAAGAGCAUUUCCGCGGGAAGGGCUCACCUGGUGGUGCUGACCCGAAAUGGAACCAUCUUCACUUUGGGCAACAAUUCCUACGGGCAGUGUGGGCGUUCCAUCAUCGAGGAAGAAAGAUACAGCAAGAGUGCCUUGAUCCACAGGAUUGCCCAGGAGGAUAUAUGCGGUAAAGAGGAUGAGAUAGUCCACGUAGAGUGUGGCCAGGAUCAUAGCAUGUUCUUGUCCAAAAAGGGAAGGAUUUACACAUGUGGCUGGGGCGCCGACGGUCAAACGGGCCAGGGAAACUACCAUACCGCCGGACAAAUAACCCUAAUUGGAGGUGAUAUAGAAAAGGAGAAGAUUGUGAAGCUCAGCUGCUCCUCGGACUGCGUUUUAGCCCUCAACGAAUCAGGUGAUGCCUUUGGUUGGGGCAACUCAGAGUACGGACAGCUGGAUGACUCCGAACACGCGGAAACCCAAAUCAAUACGCCUAGAGCUCUCAAACUAACCAAAGGAAUUGGCAAGAUCAAGGACGUUGCGGCGGGAGGCUCAUUUUGCAUGGCUCUCAAUGAUCAGGGCCUGGUUUACACCUGGGGCUUUGGCAUUCUCGGCUUUGGACCAUUUGUGGAGCAAACAUCUAAGCCACAGCACCUUUUGCCUCCUCUUUUCGGUCGGAACGACUUCAGCAACGAAACCACCGUGGUUUCCAUCGGGUGCGGUGUAUUUCACAUGGGCGCCGUAAACUCAGACGGAGAUCUUUUCAUGUGGGGCAAGAACCGAUUCGGACAUUUGGGCCUAGGGCACAAAAAGGAUCAGUUCUUCCCUUUUAAAGCGGCCAUCAAUGGAAAGGUUACCAAAGUGGCUUUCGGAGUGGAUCACACCAUCGCCCUAUGCAAGUCGUAUUUCUAGUCUAAGUAAAAAAUGUAUUUAGGUGAAGUUAUCUGUUUUAAGUGGAUAUUAUAUUAAGCUAGAUAAAAUAUA